UGAGUUCCCACGAUGAGAUAGUGGAGGGCACUUCAGUCAAUCUGACCUGUAGCAGUGAUGCUAACCCAGCAGCUAAUUACACCUGGUACAAGGCGGAUGGACCUCUAAACCCUAAUCACACAUAUCCAGGAGCUACGCUUGUCUUCAGCUCCAUCGAGUCCUCUGACUUUGGGGAGUUUUACUGUGAAGCUGAGAACACGCUGGGGAGAACGACCUCCAAACGCAUCUCUGUCAACCUAACAUGGAACUCACUAAAAAUCAUCACCAGGUGGACUCUGCUGCUCCUCUUGUUGAGUCCUCUGAUUCCCCUGACUCUGUGGCUGAGGUGGAAGAAAACUGUGAACUCCACCACUGAACCAGACGAACCUGCAGAGAUGAUCGAG